AUGGGGGGGCUGCUUCCAGUCCUGUGGGCUUUGCUGGUGUCUGCGGGUCUUGCUGGCAACAAGGAAGAGCCAGGUGUGAACCUGAGCUGUUACCAGUGUUUCAAAGUGACCCGCCAGGCGCAGUGCAGGCCCACCACGUGCCACCCCACCGACCAGGUCUGCCUGUCCAAUGCCGUGGUGUUCCUCAGCAGUAAGUCCAAAUCAAAGGUGACCCUUUCUGUCAGCAAGCGCUGUGCUCCCAGGUGUGCCAACACCAACACGAACUAUGAGUGGACAGUGGGACCCAGGAUACUGGGCAGGAUCAUAAGGCGGUGUUGUUCUGGAAAUCUUUGCAACAGGGCACCCGCCAUACAAGAGGGUCGCUGGGCCCUUCUAAGGGGGGUCCUGCUUGGAGCUGGCCUCCUCUGUGUCCUGCUGUGGGCACCUUCCUCUUGGCCGGGCAGCCCCGCCGUAUCCCUCCCACCCCUCACCUCAGCCCAGCCCCCAUCCUUUUCAAGACACUGA